GGUGACGUCACCACGAGACGGUUUACGUUUUGAUGUUGGUUUGGACUUUAUGCUGUUUCGAAACUGGAUUGUAUUCCAUGGGAAAGACGAGGGAAUGAACUGUUUAUUCCUAAAAUAGGAGCCUGACACUUUAUCUGAUCCAUCCUUGGGUAUUUUGGUACUGUAUAGAGAGUGUUUCUGGGCCUUAUGAGACAACCAGGAAUGAGUAUUGCGAGCGACAAGGACUUGGAGUUCGCCGAUCCGAAAGAAGAAGCUGCUUAUUGGAAACGACUAGCUGAGGAAUACGAACAGAAGUGGCAAGAAGCGAGAGAAGAACUAGACGAAUUUCAAGAAGGCAGUCGUGAACUCGAAGCGGAGCUAGAGGCUCAACUAGAACAAGCGGAGGCUCGGCAGCGGGAAUUACUCGCCGCUAAAGCAAGACUAGAAGCAGAAAAUGAAAGCUUAAAGGAGAAACUCGAAUCUAGCCAAAAUGAGGCUUAUUUAACCGUAACGGCCCUCCAAGACGAGACUGCUCAGCUAAAAGCGGUGAGGGAAGAAUUACAAAAAUAUGUCCGCGAGCUGGAACAAGCGAACGACGAUUUAGAACGAGCGAAAAGAGCAACAGUCUGUUCUUUAGAGGAUUUUGAGCAUCGCCUGAAUCAGGCAAUUGAGAGAAACGCGAUUUUAGAAAAUGAACUUGAUGAGAAAGAGACACUUCAAGAGACAGUCCAAAGACUGAAGGAUGAAGCCAGAGAUCUCCGUCAAGAGUUAGCUGUCAGACAGCUAGAGAAGAAAAAGCCUGAGGAUUUCAAUAAAGAGAACAAAGAGCCAGCAGACAAACUCAGCACGCCUGUCAAGACAGAAGCCAUCCCAUCUGAACCUCUCGCAAACCUACACACAGAUACCAUUGCUACAUCUCCCCUCCAUGCGGGAUAUGGUAGCUCACCCCUAACGCCCUCAGCAAGGAUAUCUGCACUUAAUAUUGUAGGAGAUUUACUGCGCAAAGUUGGGGCUCUUGAAUCAAAGCUUGCCUCCUGCCGAAAUUUCGUCAAAGAGCAGCCACAUAACAUGCGAGGGUCAACAGGUUCAAGCAGCCCUUCUGAUUCUCCAAGACCUAGCAGAGGUAGCUACGCAAGUCCAGGCAUGCAAGGGCUGGUGAAAAUCCAGGUUUAGUCCAAGUGACUUAUUAUUUCAAAUAAUAAUAAUGAAGAUAUUACCCUGGGUACCAGAGUCUCAAGCGUUGUUCGCCUCUGGUACCAAGGGUAUGAAGAGAUGUAAUGCAUAUAAGGUAUAUGCGAAUGAUAUGUUCACAGCAAGCCCAUCUGGAUAUGAGCAUUUGUUUCCGAAUUUUGGAUUUAUAUAAAAUUAAUAUAACACUUCAAUUCCUGGUUCACAUAUUUACUUGUUGCAAAUUCUAUUUUUCAAGCUUCUAUUAUAUCAUUCUUAAAAAUUAAAGAACCUGGUUAUAUGCUAGCAAAGGAUAAAACUUUUUUACUUAGUUUAGUUUGAAAUUUCAUCCUUAUGAGAAGAUACUGUAUUAGACUGGGCUGAUAAAGAAUGAUAAAGAAGUUCAAAACUGACAACGAAAAGGGGAUCAUCUCUUAAAAUGUUAACCAGGGAUUUUCUAAUACAGAAUGUGCUAUGGUGCAACAUUAAAAAAUCAUGUAAUGUAAGACGUUAUGUGACAUUGCAAAUGCCUUAUGACCAGAUGGGUGGUGUUCAAUUAAUUUCUUUUAAAGAACAUUAUUUUAAACUGCAUUCUGUCUCAAAUCAUAUCCAUAAGCCUCCAGUAAAGGAGAAUGCCUAUGUGUCACUAUGUGAAUGGCCAAUCAGCUCUCUAUGUGUAGUUCUCAAGAACUUCUAAAAUGUCUCGAUCUGAUUGCUUACUUAACUAGUCUUCUAUUCACUUAUUUACCUAAAAGUGAAUUGAAAUUAGUCUUGAAUAGGAGACUUGCAAAAGAAAUCUUGUUACUUUUUGGGUGAAACUCGCACGCUCUGGCCUUUAGUGGCAAAAUAACAACAAGAGCAACAUAUUCAGCAUAUACGAAUCCACCAGAAAGUUUCUUUACCAGAAAGGGCUUGCUUUCUUUGAAAUAUUUAAUGUGUUUGUCGUUCUCUGGCCCGAAUGCCACAGUCAUUUUUGUGUUUAUUUCGGCUUGAAUUUGCCCCUCAAAAAGUCACUUGAUCAGGUAUAUCAUGUGGCCUAUUUGUCUCUCCUGUCUCUCUCUAGGCUUCUCUGAAUGGGACUUUUUAGUUAUGAUUUAAAUGAACCAUUAUUUGCAGUAAGAUAGUUGUUUAAGAAAAUUUUGACUCAGGCGUUCCCCAGGGCCUAUGCCUGGGUCGUUGCAAGGUAAAAGAAGAGCGCAUAGUUGCUCGUUAUGUACAGAUAUUUUGUAUGGAUUUUAUUGUAAGAUAUAAAUAGCAGGCAUUUAGGCAUAAACAGUUCAACGAACUAGUAGAUCUAGUUGAUUGAUAGAGUUUCUAAAAAAUCUAUUUAAAAUUUGCACAAUAUAAAUUUACAAUGUAUGUCGGUGCUUCGGUGAAAAUUGUUGGAUGACGCUAAAGUACGAAAUUGUAACUAUAAUUUAUUUUAUCGAGUAAUUUUAAUGUGUUAUCUGAUUCCUGCAGUGGUCCCAGUAUAAUGAAUCUCUAAUAAGUAUGCUCUUCUUA